GCAUUUUGGUGCCGCAUUAACAGGAAGUUAUUUAAACACCAGAGGAGUUUUAUUUUGGUUUUUAGUGCUUUUAGGUGUUGAGUGUGACGAAGAAACGAUGACAGCUGUCCACCAGUGUCUUCUCCUCUGUCUCCUCUCCACUCUGACUGCAGCAGCUGGUUCGUGGACAGGGAGAAAAAAUGUCCUUUUCAUCGUGGCUGAUGAUUUGCGAACAUCACUGGGUUGCUAUGGAGACCCCCUGGUGAAGUCGCCCAACAUUGACCAGCUGGCAUCAAAAAGCCAAGUUUUCCUGAAUGCGUAUGCUCAGCAAGCCGUGUGUGCUCCCAGUCGCACAUCCAUGCUAACAAGUCGCAGACCAGACACAACCAGGCUGUAUGACUUUAAGUCCUACUGGAGAGUCCAUUCUGGGAACUACACGACUCUGCCGCAGCACUUUAAGUCUCACGGCUACACUACCAUGUCAGUGGGGAAGGUUUUCCAUCCAGGAAUCGCCUCGAAUCACUCUGACGACUACCCCUACAGCUGGUCCAUCCCUGCAUAUCACCCAGCUUCCUUUAGGUUUGAGAAUCAAAAGAUGUGUAAAGGGAAGGAUGGUGACCUCCACGCCAACCUGCUGUGUGCCGUGAACGUCAGUGAGCAGCCUGGAGGAACUCUGCCUGACCUGGAGAGUGCAGACGAGGCAGUGAGGUUACUGAAGAGCAGGGCCGUCGAUGGAGCUCCUUUCUUCUUGGCUGUUGGCUUUCACAAACCCCACAUACCCUUCAGGAUCCCGCAGGAGUACCUGAGCCUGUACCCUCUGGAUAAAAUAAUUCUGGCCCCUGAUCCAGAUGUUCCUAAGCUCCUCCCCCCUGUGGCCUACAACCCCUGGACUGAUGUGAGAAAAAGAGAUGACGUACAAAAACUCAACGUCAGCUUUCCCUAUGGACGAAUUCCUGACGACUUCCAGCUCCGUAUUCGUCAGCACUAUUACGCUGCUGUGUCUUACAUGGAUGCUCAGGUUGGGAGACUCCUCAGCACACUCGAUGAUCUCAGCCUGACAGACAGCACGAUGGUGGUGUUUACCUCUGAUCACGGUUGGUCGUUAGGCGAGCACGGGGAAUGGGCUAAAUACUCCAACUUUGACGUGGCGACACGUGUUCCUCUCAUCAUGUUUGUUCCUGGUGUCACCACCUACCAUAACUGGCUGUGGGAGUCGACCUUCCCCUUUAUUGAUGUUUUCAGCCAAUCAGAGCAGAGCUUUGACUAUAACAGAGUUGUACGGAACAUGGUGGAGCUGGUGGACGUCUUCCCGACCGUCUCCUACAUGUCUGGCCUCGGAGCACCUGAAUACUGUCCUGAUGUUUCCCUCCAGGUGGAGCUGUGUACAGAAGGAGACAACCUGGCUCGCACCUUUCGGUACAAAGAAAGAGGAAAGAACCCAGAGCUUAUAGCUUUCAGUCAGUACCCUCGCCCCGCUGAUACCCCACAGGAGAACUCCGACCUCCCCGAUCUCAAAGACAUAAAGGUGAUGGGCUACUCUCUACGCAGCUGGGAUUACAGAUACACGCUGUGGCUGGGCUUCAACCCUAGAGACUUCCAGAAACCGAUAUCAGCCCGCUCCGCUCAUGCGUCUCUCCAACCAGGUGAACACAUCCGACGUGCACGGCGGAGAGCUGUACAUGAUGGAGGACGAUCCCGGCCAGGACACCAACAUCUACAGCGAUGCCCUCCACAGAAUGGUCAUGGGGAAGAUGGAGAGUCUUCCUCAGAAUGUGAGUCUGCAGAUGAGGCUGAAGCGGCAGCUCCUCUACCUCACAGCGGGGAGGAAGAUGAGUAGAUGGACCAACCGGGACAAGGGCAAAGGGAAUGAGGUUGAAAAGGAAAUGAAGAACUAAAUGCUGUUAAAGCAAUGUGAUGCAUUAUGGGAUGUCCACAUUAUCUGGGCCUGGAUCCUCAGGCUAAUGUUGGCUGUUUAGUGUUGAGUAAAAAAAAAGACUUAUUUUCUUACUGAAAUAUUUCACUGAGUCGAAUGAAUUCCUUAGAAAACUUCCUUCUCUGACCUUCACCAGCUGGAAGAGACUGAGAUCUUCCAAAAGCUUCGUUCACACAAAAUCAAUGCGACUACCACUGAAAACGUGUAUUUCCUUCCACUCUGAUGUCCCCGACAGUCUCAAUGAGAGUCUCUGGGCUGCGUGGUUGGGUCUCCGUGGACCACAGUGGGUUGUCCAGGAAGCGGAGAGAGGAUCCUGGAUCAUUCCUCAUUCCUUCAGACAUAAUUGUUGUUCCGGGUCAGAGAUGGGAUGGGUGGUCGGGUUCCUGUUUAAUCACAACCACUGCCAUCAGGAUAAUCCCACCAGCUGCCCUCCCUAAGUGCAGCCUUCUUCCAUGGAUGAGCGUCAAACACAAACCCAACCAUGAACACCAUCUGAAGCAAAAUAAAAAUGAUCACAUCAGGCUGCAGCUGGUGCUUUAUUCUGUUAGCGGAGACUGCACCGCCUGGUUUCUGGUUGACUGCUUAUUCCAGUUUAAAUAUUGCUGACUGUGUCUGGAGGUUUGUUUUGGGUCCUUUGGUAUCUGCUGUCCACAGGGUUUGACAGUUUCUCACAUUAAAUAACAAAAACUUC